CGGUCUUGUUCGGUUAAUAUUAAAUACCUACUAUUAAAUUUUAUUCUUAAAUAAGUAAGACAAUAUGUUGUUUUCUAAACUCUGCGUUGGGUGGAUAUUGUCGGCUUUCCUACAUUUGUGGUGUCAAGCAUUUGAACCAGUAAGUUUAACAGUUGCUGCAAUAGGAGCCGGAUUGGGUUUGUGGAAGCGUGAUUUUGUUGUAGAUAAUACAUACUGCAAAUUUACCGAGUGCUGCAGAAAACCAUAUCUUAAAGCAGACGUGGGAGAUCUGAGGUUGUUACUACGAGAUCAUUUGUAUGGUCAACACAUCGUUCAGGAUGUACUGGUCAAUGCAAUAGGGGCCCACUUCAACAACAUUCAAUCGUCAAGAAAGCCGCUAGUAAUGAGCUUCCAUGGAACAUCGGGAACCGGUAAAAAUUACGUGUCUGAUUUUGUUGCGAGUGCUCUGUAUCAAAAUGCGAUAAACAGUAAAUUUGUUAAUAAGUUCACUGCCAGUGAUACACAAAAGGAUCUCGCUGCAAAUGUAAAACGAACGGUUAAAAACUGUCCACAAUCUUUGUUUAUUUUUGACGAGAUUGAAAAAAUGCCAACGGGAGUUUUUGACGAUAUUGUAUCGCUCUUGGACCACCAUUCCUCUAUGAAAGAAUACGAUUUUUCGAAAGCCAUCUUCAUAUUUCUUUCCAACAGUGCAGGAGUUGAAAUAGCAAAGAAACUGAAGUCUCUCAUAGAUUCAGGCCGAUGGAGAGACGAAACAAAAUUGCCCGAUUUCGAACGUAUCGCUGAAUUGGGAGCGUACAAUGUGAUUGGAGGCUUAUAUCACAGCAAUAUAAUUGAUUCGCAGGUCAUUGACCACUUUAUCCCUUUCUUGCCUUUAGAGCCAAGGCAUGUUGAACUGUGCAUUACAAAAGAGUUCGAAAACUUUUGCACAUCUGGUCCAAAGGAAGUGGAUGUUAGCAACAUUAUAAAAUUAGUGAUGACGUUUGAUGAUACCGGAAUGUUUUCGAAUAAUGGCUGCAAGCGGAUAAGUAAAAAGGUAGAAUCAUAUUGUUAUAUGCAGAAUAUACUUAAACGUAAGACCUAAGCUAUCUAUCUAGCAUAUCAUAAACAUCUCGUAACAUUCUUUAUGUACCUAGAACACCAUG